AUGGAGUCGCCGGCCCGCCUCGCCUUGGUGCGGAGUGCCACGAGGGAAGAACUCCUGCAGAAUGAUAUUUCCACAGAGGCGUCCCGCAGCGCCGCCAUGCCCUUCCUCUGUCCCGCAGCCUCGCCGUCGCGUCGCCGGCAGCAAGAUGUCGACUCCUGUGGUCUCAGCGUCGGCGGCGAGGGAGGCGACUCUGGAGCCCGGAUGACCUGGCUCUAUUUAGUCAUCCGCUGGUCUCUUUUUCAACGCAAGAUGGAAUGCACGAACGCGUACACACAAUUCCAGGCCCCAUUUGGUGUGUUCUUUACGGUAUAUAAUGGUAAGUCCAGUGGAAAAGCCUGUCCAAUAAAACAAGUUGUCUCACUCGCCUGCCGACCCAUACAAGGGCUGAGGACGCCCCAGGCCUUCCCCAUGCAACCAUGCAACCACAGGGGAUAUAGAUCCCCGGCCGGGCGCGACGCCUCCAGAUCCAACCCAUACACGACGAUGCAAAUGGAUCUCGCGGCGGCCUCGCCCUCCGGUCGUGGGCUGAGCCUUCGCAUCCGCAACUUCGAGGUCCCCCUCCACGUGCCCCGAGGCGACCGCGCGGUCCUCAAGUGCGAGUUCGACCUCCAGGGCGAGCGCCUCUACUCCGUCAAGUGGUACAAGGGAGGCAGGGAGUUCUUCCGCUACGUGCCCAACGAGAGGCCGAUGAAGCAGUCCUACAACGUCACGGGAAUAGAGGUCGAUCACGAGGCGAGCACGGGACAACAGGUGGUGCUCAAGGACGUCACGCUGGCCACCUCCGGCAGAUACAAGUGCGAGGUGCUGGCCGAGGCCCCGGCCUUCAACACGCUGGUGGAGUACGCCAUCCUGACCGUCGUGGCCAUCCCCAAAGAGAAGCCUAUCGUCCAGGGCGCGCAGGAGAGGUAUCGUCCCGGCGACUACGUCCGCGUCAACUGCACUUCCGCUCCUUCCAAGCCCGCUGCCACCCUCACCUGGUUCAUCAACGAUAAUAUAGUCCCCAGCGAAUACCUGGUCCGCUACCAGCCCAUCAUGCUGCCCGACGGCCUCGAGCAGUCCACCCAGGGGCUCCACUUCAAGGCGACCCACGAGCACUUCCCGCACAACAUCAUGUCUCUGCGCUGCGCCGCCUCUAUCGGCUUCUUUUACAACAAAACGGAGGAGACCAGUCUUGAGACCCAGCGCCCCGCGCUCUCUCUCGAGAGCCGUAAACACUUCUACGGCAGCAGGAGCGCCCCCCUGCCCCGCGGUUCCCUGGGCCUGACUCUGGUCCUGCUCGCCUGCGCACUGGGCGCCCUCAGAUAAGCACUUGGCGGGUCUCAAGGGCGCCCUUGCCCUCCCGUCAUCG